AUGAAAAGAGAAGAGAAAGGGAUAAGAGACAGAAGAAGGGGAUUAGAGGAGGAGGAGGAAGAGGGGAGGAGGAGAAGAAAAGAAGAGGAGAAAGGGGAUAAGAGACAGAAGAAGGGGGUUAGAGGAGGAGGCGAGGAGAAGAAGGAAGAGGAGAAAGAUGAUAAGAGACAGAAAAAGAAGGGGGAGGAGAAGAAAAAGGAAGAGGAUAGAGAUAGAAAAAAGACAGAAAGGGGGCUAGAGAUGGAGAAGGAAAGGAGAAGAAAGAGUAUAAGUGACAGAAGAAGGGGGUUAAAGGAGGGCAACAAGGAGAAAGUGAAAGAGGAGAAAAAGGAUAAGAGACAGAAAAAGAAGGGGUUAGAGGAUGAGAAGAAAAGGAGGAAAAAAAUGAUAAGCGACAGAAGGGGGUUAGAGGAGGGGAAGGAGGAGGAGAAGGUGAAGGAGAAGAAAAUGAGGAGAAAGAGGAUGAGACAGAAGAAGGGGGAGGAGGAAGAAGGGGGGAGGAUGAGGAGAAAGAGGAUAAGAGAGACUGAUGAAGAAGGAGGGGUUAGAGGAGGAUGA